AUGAGCACAAAUACUACACCUCCGGCAGAAGGGACAUCAAAUCAAUACGGCCGAUCCCUCAAUACGAUUCUCGUUGUGAUUUUAACGCUUUUUGCAAUCUAUAUUGGGAGAGUUGUUCAAUAUAGACGAGAAUUCAAAUAUCUUCAUGGCACGUUGCCUUCUCCUCCCUUCAGCAUGUGGUUUGGGACCAUUCCCGGAAUCGCAGGGCUGUAUAAAAACAGCCCCACAGACACCCAUCCAAUGACCACGAUGACGGUUCUCUGGCGCAAAUACAAGUUAGGGAACCUGUACUUCCUCGACAACUGGCCUGCAUCAGACUGGCGACAAAUUGUCGUCAAUGAUCCAGCUGUUGCAACCCAAGCCAUGAACCUAGAGAAGUACCACCUGUAUCCGAAAUACGUCAGUCAUGUCGUCGGCAAAACCAGCAUGUUGAUCACGGAAGGAAAGGAAUGGAAAAAGACCCGCGCACUCUUCAAUCCCGGAUUCGCAGCCAGACAUCUCCUGACUCUCACUCCAAGCAUAGUAGACGACACCAGCAUCUUUAUCAAAGUCCUGAACAGACGGGCGGAUUCGGGGGAAAUCAAGCCGCUAGAUGAAGCACUCGCACGUCUGACUAUCGAUAUCAUGGGGCAUGUUGUUCUGGAUCAUGAUGUGAACUCUCAGACAAGCGAGAACGAAAUGGUUAAUGGGUUCAAAGGCUCUGUCAGGUGGUCUCCAAAGACGGUGACGACCAACCCCUUCCAGAAUUUGAAUCCGAUCAUGCCCAUUGCGCAAUGGUAUUAUACUCGUAUCACCGACAACUACAUCAGGAAAGUGAUCACACAGCGACUCGCUACGAGACCUUCAGAGAACGGCACCUCGGGGACGAAGUCUAGCCGAAAGCCUGCUAUCGACUUGGCGGUUGAGGAAUUCCUCGCCACUGGCAACGAUGAUGGGAAAGCUGGUCUGAUGGAUGCCAGAUUCUUGCAAACUGUGACUGACCAGAUGAAAACCUUUCUGUUUGCAGGUCAUGACACUACCUCCUCUACGCUGUGUUUCAUCUACCACAUGCUUCACACCCACCCCGAGUCUCUCGCCAGAGUCCGUCGAGAACAUGAUACUGUAUUUGGCCCCUCGGCAAAUGCAGCCGAAGCUAUCAAGAAAAAGCCUGCUCUGCUGAACGAACUUCCAUUCACAUUGGCUAUUAUCAAAGAGGUCCUCCGCCUCUUCCCACCAGCAAGUACAGCACGCGAGGGCAGCGCAUCUACCAGCUUGACCACCAAUGGCACCUCCUACAACACAGCCAAGACCAUGGUCUGGAUCAACAAUCACACCAUGCACCGCCGGGAAGAUCUAUUCCCCUGCCCUGAUGAGUUCAUCCCCGAGCGUUUCCUCCCCGCCCCUGACACCUACCCUGCCCAGAGGGAAAUCGUCAAGGAUUCCUGGCGCCCGUUCGAGAAAGGUCCGCGGAACUGUAUUGGUCAGGAAUUAGCCGUUCUUGAGAUGAAGAUCAUUAUGGUGAUGACGUUGAGAGAGUUUGAUAUCAGUUCUGAGUAUGAGGAGUGGGAUCGGAUGAUGGGGAGGGAGAAGCCUGGUGAGAUGUUGGAUGGGAAGAGAGGCAUGUUUGGAAUGAGAGCGUAUCAGGAGAUGAAGGCUACUGCGAAGCCCUCCGAUGAUAUGCCUGUCAGAGUCAAGAGAAGGGUAGUGUAA